UUUUUUUGUAUUUAUGUUUUUUUAUGCUGUUGUUUUGUUGGGAUGCUCACCGUGACCGUGAGUAGAUGCCAGUGAAUGUGCUGCAGUGAAAAAUGCAACAAUCACAGCGUUUGUGAAACAUGCUACUGUUUGUGUGCAGUCAGGCAUGUAUGUCCCUCUCUGAAGCCUGUGUGAGAAACAACCCGUGUGUUAUUCCACAGCGCUGGACACACAGGAGGCACAUCCAGUCAUCUGAAUGCAGAAGAAAGUUAAAGAUCCUUUCAUGGAAAUACAGUCAUGAACUCUUUGUAUAUUCUUUUGUGUGCAUGAGCUUUUAAAAGGUCUUCACUAGAAGUCACACUGAGUGAAUUUUCUCUUUUGUAAAAAUAAAUGUUGAGGUAAAUUUGGUAAGAUUGCUGUUUCUUUUGGCUUUGAGGUGAAUCAAUCCUGAGUUGUUUUCCCUCCGUCUGUAGAGUCUAAACGUGUCCUGCUCUGGAAGGCAGCAUGAAGAGUUUUAGCCUGUCCCAACUGACUGCCAUGACAACAGGUUUGCUCCUGCUCUGUCUGGGUAGUUCAGGUCUGGAGCUCAAUCCCAGCGUCACUCAGGUCGUCCUCUCCAUCAACUCCUCCUUCAGCAUCACCUGCUCUGGCUGGAGUAAUGUCACCUGGCGCUUCAAGCGGGAGGAGAAAGUUCCGGAGUUCCACACCGAGAAGCGAAGUCCCUCCUCCAGCGUUCUCAGUCUGGAGCAGGUGACUUGGAGACACACGGGCGUCUAUGUGUGUUUAGAGAACCAGACAAACGAGACCAGAGAGGUGGCUGUGUUUGUGCCUGAUCCUGAGGUGUGGUUCCUCGAGAACGAUCAUGUCAUGGUGACUAAGACGCGAGAGGAAGGCACGAUCCCAUGUCUGGUAACGGAUCCCUCAAUAAACGUCACGCUGUACGAGAAAGACUCAGAGAUAAUGGUGGAGGGUUCGUACAACCCCAGCAUGGGCUACACCGCCACCCUGGAGGACAGAACCUACAAAUGCAAAGGAGAGCUGAACGGAGAGGAGAAAGAGUCCAUCCCCUUCUACGUCUUCAGUAUAUUUGCUCCCGAGGCUCUGAAUCCCUACAUCAACGCCUCCAAAACGGUCCUGAAACAGGGCGAGACGCUGAACGUCAACUGCACCGUUCAUGGCGCGGAGCUCGUCUUCUUCAUUUGGGACAUUCCCGACGCGGGGGGCGUUGAGUUCUUGACCGAUGUCCUGUCGUCCAUGAGCAUGCGGUCCUGUCUCAACAUCACAGACGUGUCUCUGUCCAGAUCAGGACAGUAUGUUUGUCACGUGCUUGAAGGUGUGCAGAACCAUAAAGCUUCAGCCAGUAUUAACAUCACUGUACUGGAGAAAGGAUUCGUGGCUCUUUCUUCUCAUCUGGACAGGAACGUCUCGGCGCAGCUCGGAGAAAACGUGGAGCUGAAGGUGAAGAUCGAGGCGUAUCCCAAACCCACCGUCCUCUGGACUAAAGACGGCGCUGCUAUUAGAGGACACAACACCAGACAGGAAAACGAGACCCGGUUUGUCAGCACACUGACCCUGGUCAGGAUUCGACUGGAGCAGAUGGGUCUCUACACCGUCAGUGUCCAAAACCAAGAUGACUUUAAAGAGUUGACCUUUGUUCUAGAGGUGAAAGUUCCUCCUCAGAUAACUGAACUCUCUGACCAUCAGCUGCCUGGUAAGAAGCACGCGGUCACCUGUGUGGCGGAAGCAGUGCCAUCUCCCAGCAUUCAGUGGUUCAGCUGUGACAGCAUGCCCAAGUGCAGUAACAAAAGUGUGGCGUGGAGCCGUCUAGUGGAGGAUCCCGAGAAAGUCACCAUCCAGACCAACGUCAGCUACAACAUCACACGCAAGAUCCACCAGGUACACAGUCAGGUGACUCUCCUGCAGCCGCAGCUGCUCACCAUCCGCUGCGAGGCCCGCAACGAGAGAGGAGCUCGAGCCCGAGACAUCAAACUGGUCAACAGCAGUGAGUAAUGCACGAGUGUGUGUGUGUGUGUGUGUAUGUGUGUGUGUGUGUGUGUGUGUGUCUGUCCAAACCUGCCUGGCCUCUUCAUCAUCAUCCUCAUCGCUGUGUGGAGGAAGAAGCCGCGCUAUGAAAUCAGGUGGAAGGUGAUUGAAUCAGUCAGUUUGGAUGGACACGAGUACAUCUAUGUCGACCCCAUUGACCUGCCCUAUGACCUGGCCUGGGAGAUGCCGCGGGACAGUCUGGUGCUGGGUCGGUCGCUGGGAUCUGGAGCCUUCGGGCGUGUUGUCGAGGCGACGGCAUACGGUCUCGGCCGUUCCCAAUCCGCCACUAAAGUGGCAGUGAAAAUGCUGAAAUCGACGGCUCGGAGGAGCGAGACUCGAGCUCUGAUGUCUGAACUCAAGAUCAUGAGUCACCUGGGUCCUCACCUCAACAUCGUCAACCUGCUGGCCGCCUGUACCAAACCCGGUCCGCUAUAUCUGGUGACAGAAUACUGUCGCUAUGGCGAUCUGGUUGACUAUCUGCACAGGAACAAGCACAGCUUCCUCCAGUACUACGCCGACAAGAACCACAGCCAGAUGUGUAACGACAGCGAUGUGUCGACCAGGAAAGAAUACGUGUCGUUCGGUAGCGAGUGUGAUGGAGGAUACAUGGACAUGACCAAAGACAAGCAGACCGAAUACGUGCCAAUGCAGGAGCUCUCAGACUCCAUCAAGUACGCAGAUAUCCAGCCAUCACCCUAUGAGUCUCCUUACCAGCAAGACAUCUACCAGGAGCAAGGUCACAGGGUGGAUCAGGCUCUGGUGAUCAGUGAUUCUCCGGUUCUGAGCUACACUGAUCUCGUGGGUUUCAGUUAUCAGGUGGCCAAAGGCAUGGAGUUCCUGGCAUCAAAAAACUGUGUCCAUCGGGAUCUGGCAGCAAGAAACGUUUUGAUCUGUGAGGGCAAACUGGCCAAGAUCUGUGACUUUGGACUGGCCAGAGACAUCAUGCACGACAACAACUACAUCUCCAAAGGCAGCACGUUUCUUCCUCUGAAGUGGAUGGCGCCGGAGAGCAUCUUUCAUAACCUGUACACCACGCUGAGUGACGUCUGGUCCUACGGCAUCUUACUGUGGGAGAUUUUCACUCUGGGAGGAACCCCGUAUCCAGACCUGCCCAUGAAUGAGUUGUUUUACAGUGCUCUGAAGAGAGGAUACCGCAUGGCUAAACCCUCGUACGCCUCCGACGACAUUUAUGAGGUCAUGAGGAAAUGUUGGGAUGAGAAGUACGAGAAGCGUCCGGAGUUCUCCUUUUUGGUGCACACAAUGGGGAACAUGCUGUCAGAUGGAUAUAAAAAGAGAUACUCUCAGGCCAGCGACAGCUUUCUGAAGAGUGAUCACCCUGCGGUGGCCCGUGUGAAGCCGCGUGUCCCAUCUUCAUUCCCGGGAACCUUCCCUCCUCAGUCUCCCGCCUCAGAUCCGAGCCCAAACCCGACCCCGCGCCCGCAGGCCAAUGGAGAGACCACUGAUGCUCCGCACAACGAGUACAUCAUCCCCAUCCCCGAUCCCAAAUCGGAGGAGGAGACCCAGGACGAGCCGGUGCUGACGGAAAUCCCCUCGAGCUUGUUAAGUUCUGAUGAGGAGACGGUCUCCAUGGAAACCCCGAGCACCGAACCGGAGCGCGAGGAGCUGCUGCCAGAUCAUUCUGGAAGUCCAGAAGUGGAAGAGAGCUUCCUGUGAUACACUCCUGCUUCCUGUCAUCAUGAAGUCAUUUUAAUGUACAUUUUGAGCAGAUUUUUAUCAAAUGCAUCAGAAUGAUAUGCUAGAUUUCCUCAUGUGCCCUUAAAGACCGUCUGUGAAGGUUGAGACUUGAACCAGACCAGUUCUUCAUUGUUUUUGUAUUCUUUCUUACUAAGGUGGAACAAUGCAGUAUUAUAAACUGCAGAAGGCAAAGCUACAAUCAGCUGAUAUGUACAUUAGUUGUGUUAUGGUUUAAAAUCAAACUUCAAACUGUCAAUCAGCACACAAAUAUGAUGUGCUAUAUUGUACUUUCUUGUGUUAAAAUCAAUCUCAGCAUUUUUGAAAUGAAGUGCAUAUUUCAUUU